CGUCUAAGGAGAUGACAAUGGGACUUACUGAUGUUUAAAUGAAUUUAUUUAUACAAAAUAUGAAUUUGAUACAAAAAUAUAGUGCUAAUAUUGUACAAACCAAACAAUUUUAUCUUUCCGCCACAAGGUGGCUUCGUUUAAUACUCAAAUGAACCGGAAAUAAUAGUACGAUUGACCUGCUGUUAGUUUCGAAGCGGUUUUAAAAAUGGCGUCCGGGAAAAUAUUUAUGUUUACGUUUAUUAAUACGAUUAUUACAGUUUUUAUCAUAGAAUGUCACUGUCGACUACAUCAUCUCAUACUUAAGGAUGACAUCCGUCAGCGGGUCCAUCUGAAUACAUUCGGUUUUUAUAAAGAUGGUUCCAUGAGUAUAAGCAUGAACAGCCUAAGCUUCACAAAUGGAAAUACGGACGAUAUUGACAGCUCCACGAUUGGUUUCAGCUUAGAUCGUUCAAGCAAUAAUGGUUUCUCCACAUAUCUGGAUGAAGGUCUUGACUAUUGUCCACUGAAAAAGGAUCCAAGCAGUGAUUUUGCCGGAGUGCUUCUUUUGUUGGACUUCAAAAACAAACUAGUGAGAAUGAAGACCUCAGCAGAAGCUGGUGUGUUUCCUAAAAUCUUACCCGUGUGGCAUAAAAAUACUGAGAAGCAAGUGCUUGCUGAAAAUGGGAAAGAUCUCCAAGACAAUAAACCAGAUGAUGAAAGUCAACCAGUGGCUCCCAAAAUCAAGAGAGACGUUGAGAACAAGGCAGAAGAUACCUAUCCUCUUCAAACCAAAGGCCAGGUCUACUCCUUUCAGUUUUACUUAAAUAUCACAACAGACGAGCAGCAAGGCCUUUACAACUUUUAUUUCUACAACUGCUACUCCAUGCCAAUAUAUCAGCACAUGUCAGACCUGCUGACUUUCAGCAUUGAUAUCGAUAUUAAGGAGAAGAAUCCAGACAGCUACCUCUCUGCAGGAGAGAUUCCAUUACCUAAACUUUACAUCUGCAUGUCCUCUUUCUUCUUUGUCAUUGGCAUACUGUGGGUUCAUGUUUUGUGUACUCAUAGUGCAGAUGUUUACAAGAUUCAUUGGCUGAUGGCGGCUCUUCCAUUCACAAAGUCACUUUCUCUAAUUUUCCAUGCAAUUGACUACUACUACAUUUCAAAUCAGGGCUUUCCCAUCGAAGGCUGGGCUGUCGUCUACUACAUUACUCACCUACUGAAGGGGGCGCUGUUGUUCAUUACUAUAGCAUUAAUAGGAACCGGCUGGGCUUUUGUCAAACAUAUUCUCUCUGACAAAGACAAGAAGAUCUUCAUGAUCGUCAUUCCUUUGCAGGUUCUGGCCAAUGUGGCGUACAUCAUUAUUGAGUCCACAGAGGAGGGCUCCAGUGAGUACGGUCUGUGGAUGGAGAUCCUGUUCUUGGUGGAUCUGCUGUGCUGUGGGGCUAUUCUCUUCCCAGUUGUCUGGUCUAUUAGACAUUUACAAGAGGCGUCAGCCACAGACGGGAAAGCUGCCAUCAAUCUGGCUCAGCUGAAACUUUUUAGGCACUACUAUGUGAUGAUUGUUUGCUAUAUAUAUUUCACUCGUAUCAUUGCCAGUCUCAUCAAGGUCAUUGUCCCCUUUCAGUGGAAGUGGCUCUACCAGCUUAUGGAUGAGCUGGCCACACUGACCUUCUUCUUCUUAACUGGUCACAAGUUCCGGCCGGCCUCCUACAACCCGUAUCUGCUGCUAUCUGUGGAGGAAGAAGACAUGGAGAUGGAUGACGUUGUAGCUACCUCAACAGCCAUGUGUGAUGGUGUUAAGAAAGUGAAUAAGUUAUCAAACGGCCCUUCCGAUGAGAGGGAGAGCAUGGCAUGAUGGGAGAUCAAAUUCUGUGUGUGUGCCUCUGGACUUUGUGGCCAGCUACUAACAUGUCAGACAUUCUUAACAGCUUUGAUGUGCAGAAUUCCCAGUGGACCUACUUUAUGAUCACAUGUGAUGACACAGUGUUCCAGAUCCGUAUAUAUGUAUCUGUGUAAAUGUUGCACCAAUGGCAUAGAGACCUCACACUACAUCGCUCCAUUCCUUUGGCUGCUGUAGUUUUAUUGCUUGGUGCUGUGCUUUUUUCUAAUUUUAUUAUGUGUGUGUGUUUAUUUUCUCAAUUUGCUUGUUUGUUUUUAUUUAUUUAUGACCUUCCUAAGCAUUGCUUGAUCUUAGAUACUCUGUGGCACUUUAAUAGGAACACUCCAGUCGCGUGAAAGCGUGAGUGUGGUCACUGUGAUCUGGGGAACACUGCUGUCUCUGUGAUGUCUCUUCAUAAGCUAUUAUUUAAGUGAUUGUUUCCUACUCAAAAUUUUCCAAAUAAUUUUUUUAUGGAAAUGCAGGAAAUCCAGAAAACAUGCAUAACCCUGAUUAAAGCAUUACAAAGAAUUAAAUGUACAGUCAGGGUCUGAAUAAAGCUUCAUGUUUUCUCAGUAUUUGUGAAUUAUGAACACCGAUCACGUUGGACAAUAACAUCACCGGGCUGUCCAGAAACUUGUAUUUUUAAAUGUAUCAAAAUGUGGAUUCAAAUGAUUUCAGGGAUCUUAUAAAUUAUGGUUGCUGGUAAUGCAAUGGAGGAUUUUAUUUUGAAGUUCAAUGUUUUGCUUUUUCUCACAUCUUUUGAGCAGCUUUAUGAAAUUGUGUUUCAGUAUUAAAUUGUGCAAUGGUU